AUGUCGGUCGAUGCAACAGCACCAUCAUCACCACCUCCACGAUUGUCAAUAUUAAAAAAUCGUGUAUCCUUCAAUUUUCAUUCUAAUAAACCCAUAGAUACGCAAGUAUCUCAAAGUGCACAAUUUCUAGACAGACAAUUGUCAAAAUCUCCUAAAAAAGAUCAUCAUCAACAAAAGCAUCAAUCACGAGUUCGAGCAAUGUCAAGUACAGAAGAAACAUUACCUGAUACACCACUCGAAUUAAAAUCAAUACCAGAAUUUUUAAGAGUUGAUAGUAAAUAUGAUAAACGUACUGGUGAAUCAAAAUCAACAUCCGAAAAAAAUCAUCAUCCGUCUGCUGAGCAUCGUAAUUCAAUCGCUCAAAUGAAUUUCAGUUCUUUCUUAUCAAAUCCAUUUCGCAAUCCAAAACAUCAUCAAAAAAGUAUUAUAAAAGACGACUCAAAUACGACUACUAUUACUCUAAGCAACACUAACGCAUCAGUUCCAAAUUCUUCAAUUCAUUCCUCUGAUACAAUAACAAUGACAGCAGAUCCAUCCUUUCAGCCGAAGUCACCAACAACACCUGUACAUUUUUCACGAUUAAUGCCUUCGAAUAGUAGUGAACGUUUCUUAUUUUCUUCACCUGAAGAUUCCGUAUCAUCAUCAUUUAUUUUCGAUGAAAAUUCAUCUGAACCACGUUCGGCGGAAUUAUUUAUAUUUGAAUCACAUUCAUCGUUAUGCGUCUCGGAAAUUUAUCGUAAUUAUUUUUUUGAUUAUUUUCAUAUAAAUUAUUCUGGUGAAUUUGAUGGCGAAGGUCCAUUUAUAGCAUCACUACGAUGUAUUAAUAAAAAAACAGCUAUGACAGAUACAUGCGAAGCACGUGCGAUUAUUCGUACUCAAUGUCGUAAUUGUGAUGUAUCUGAAACGGUGAAUAGUACAAAUGAAAAUAGUAUUCUUCGAGUUUUAUUGAAUAAAGCACAUUUACCACCAGUUCAUACAUAUGGACCUGUUGGUGAUCCGAAAGCAAAUGAAAAAAUUUAUUUAUUUGAUAAAAAAAAUGAUGAAAGAUAUAAUUGUAAAAUUGGUGUUAUUUAUCAACGCUGUAAUCAAACAAAUGAACAAGAUAUAUUUAAUAAUGAAAAUCCAUCAAAAGAUAUAUUGGAUUUUCUUAGUCGAAUAUCUCAACGUGUUUAUUUAAAAGGUUUUCAAAAAUAUCGUGGUGAUCUUGAUACAAAAAAUAGUUCACAUGGAGAAUAUUCAUAUUAUUCUGAAUAUAAAAAUCAUGAAAUAAUGUUUAAUGUAGCACCAUUAGUACCAUCAACAAAUGUCGAGGAAAAAUCUACUAUAAGAAAAGGUUUAAUUGGAAAUGCAUUUGUUUGUAUUGUUUUUCAAGAAUCAGGUGCAAAUUUUUCACCGAAUUUUAUUUCUGGAAGAGUUACACAAAUUUAUAUUACUGUACAACCAACUAUGCAUGAGGAAAAACUUCAUUAUAAAAUCGGUAUUUGGCGUCGAAAUGAUAUAAGAGAAAUACUUGAUCCGCCUGGUGGAACAUUGUUAUAUGACAAAUCAUUUUGUUCUUAUUUUCUUACAUUAUUACUUAAUUCAGUAGAUAUUGCUAUUAAAUCGCCAAGUCUUCGUUCACGUGUAUAUGAACAACGUCAACGGUUAAAAUAUGAAGAAUUGAAAAAACUUUUUUAUUUAUUCAGUAUGGGUCCAAUACCUGAAUUUGGUUCUGAAAUGGAUAGUUUUCAUUAUUUAAUGGAUAUUCGUCCUAAUGCACGUAGUGAAAGUUUUACGAGUAAUGUAACAGUUACAACAAAUGAUACGGCAAGUUCAAAUACUGGUCGUAUAUCGCCAGCGUCAUCGAAAAAGAAAAGUUUUCCAAAAAAAUUUCUCGGUGUAUUUACUGGUCGAUCAGGAUCAAUGUCGUCAUCAUCUACGCCAUCAAAUCCUCCUAAUAACGAAGUUUCACAUAAUUAUAUACAAACUUUAUCAGUACCAGAGGCAACUGCGGCAUUAGGUCGAACAAUCAUUCCAAUAAACAAGGAACCUAUUGCUCGACCACGAUCCACAAAAACAAAUCCUGCACCUGUUCUUUCACCUCAUUCAUCUCAUAAAAAUAUAUUUACUCCAUCAAUAACUUUAUCGAAUAAUAAUUCAAUUUCUGACAACUCAACACCAACUAACCUAAUAAAUACAUACGCUUUGGGUAUAGCACCACGUAGUCGUUCAAAUUCUUCGCCAGAAGAUACUGUUAAUACUAAUAAAUCCACUUAUAUUCGUGUUAUGCGAACAAUACGAGAGAUAUGGUAG